AAAGCCUAGCUGAUGAUGCUUUGGAAACGCUUACUCUAAUGUCUCUACAUUCAACAUCCUUCUGCGAUCAACCAUUACAAUCUGAUAUGUCUAAGUUUCAUUAUAAAACAUUGCAUCCAUUGCCAUCCCAAGCAAAAGAAUUAUUGCAAACCAAUAGUUCACCACAAUCUCAUUUGAGAAAUCAACAAUCUGCUAAUAGUCAGCGAAGUA